AUGACAGAAGAGGUUGAAGCUCACGUUCUCAAAAAAUACGAAAUUCUUUAAAAACUAGGAAAGGGAGCAUAUGGUAUUGUUUGGAAGGCUAUUGAUAAAAAAACAAAGGACAUUGUGGCUUUGAAAAAGAACUUUGACGCUUUUCAGAACGCUACUGAUGCCCAAAGAACUUUCAGAGAAAUCAUAUUUCUGCAGGAACUAAAUGGCCAUGAAAAUAUCAUCAGACUUCAAAACGUAAUUAGAGCUGAAAACGACAGAGAUAUUUAUCUGGUAUUUGAUUUUAUGGAUACUGAUCUUCAUGCAGUUAUCAGAGCAAACAUACUAGAAGAUAUUCACAAAUAGUACAUCAUUUAUCAAGUUCUUAAGUGUCUUAAGUAUAUGCAUUCAUGUCAGUUACUUCAUCGUGACCUUAAGCCAAGUAACUUACUCCUGAAUUCAGAGUGUCACAUGAAGGUUGCUGAUUUCGGUCUUGCUAGAUCACUUGAUGUGAAGGAUCCAGACACUAUCCCUCUUCUGACAGAUUAUGUAGCAACCAGAUGGUAUAGAGCUCCUGAAAUUCUACUUGGAUCAAACAGAUAUACAAAGGGAGUAGAUAUGUGGAGUCUUGGUUGCAUUUUGGCAGAACUUUUAUUAGGAAAGCCAGUUUUUCCUGGUACAAGCACACUUAAUUAAUUAGACAGAGUUAUGGAAGUAAUUGGCAGACCAACUUAGGAGGAUAUCGAAUCUGUUGAUUGCCCUUUAGCAAUGACCAUGCUAGAAUAAUUACCUCCAAAGAAAGCUAAAAGACUUAGAGAUAUAUUCCCAUCUGCAUCAGAUGAUGCCCUUGAUUUAUUGAGAAACUUGCUCUAAUUUAAUCCAAGCAAGAGACUUUCAGCUGAGUAAGCUUUGAAGCAUCCCUAUGUCGCCCAGUUCCACAACCCAGAUGAUGAACCCAACUGCACUAAGAAAAUCAACAUUCCAAUUGAUGACAACCAAAAAUUCUCAAUCAGAGAGUAUAGAAACAAGCUCUAUGCUGAUAUCCACAAAAGGAAGAAGGAACUGAGAAAAAAGAUACUCUAGUCUCAUCACAACUAUUACUACUAAAAGAGUUAGUGA